AUGACCACCCGAGCAAAUGUGGUUCAUAAUCAAGGACCCGAAGUUCGCAACGGCGACAUAGGACAACCGGGAAGGCUGGAAGAGAACCCCCAGUCUUCAGAUUGGAGACGCUCAUCCCAGAACCCAAACCCGAACGAUGUAUCCGGGGUCUACAGGAGGAAGUAUCACAGGGGGCAAUACAAUGACAGCCCCUUCGUUGACGAGAUCGUGGAUGCACCAUUUCCAAAGAACCUCAACCUGUCUGAAAUUCCAAAAUACGGUGGAGCGCAAGACCCCCAAGUGCAUUUGGAUGCCUUUGAUACGGCGAUGUACAUUAAGGGAAUUCAAGAGCCGUUGAUAACCCGGUUAUUUGCGACCACGCUGAAGGGAGUAGCUAAAUCAUGGUUCUCAUCUCUACCAGCGGGAUCCAUCAGAUCGUUUGAAGAGCUCGGAGGUAGAUUCUUGCUGAAUUUUGCUACGAGUAAAAAACAGCCCAAGUCCGAAUUCGUGCUGGGGAAAAUAAAACAACAACCUGGUGAAACGCUGCAGAAGUAUUUGGACCGCUUCAAAAUGGCCGCCUUACAAGUUCCCGGGUUGUCUGAGAAUGUUCAUUUACAUUUGGUGAUUGCCGGCCUCCACGGAUCCUUCAGGUUAGCUAGAUCCGUAUACAAAAACCCAGUCCCAAUUCUAGUUGAGUUCACUGCACGGUCCAAAAAAUAUUUGGAUCUCGAACAGAUAGAGAUUGAAAAUGCAGACCCAAGGCAACACCACGGCCAGGUGGAGAAACUCGAAAAUCGAAGGCAAAGUGAUUUCUGGGGUAAAAGGCCAGAAGAGAAAGUUUCAACUAAGUAA